CGGUUUCCACCAACAAUGAGGCUUCAUGCGUGUGUGGUGGUAGUUGUGGUGAUGGUGAUGGUGGGACAGAAGUCAGCUCAGGCCAAGGUUUUGCACCGGAAGAACCACCAUCACCAUCACCAGAAAUCCAAUGGUUCUAUGUCGACUCAAGAGGACGUGUCAAUAGCAGGCUCGUUGAAGGCCAACGACACCUUCACUUCUAUGGCCACCGCCGUGUCUCAAGGGAGCCAGUCUGAAUUUGUGGAGAUAGUGAAGGACGGAACACGGACAAAAGGGACAGUCACCAAGAAAGAGCCAAAUGGAAUGGUGAAGCGGAAGGUGGUGGUGAUCAGGAAGGACUUAGAGAAAAAGAGACGAAGAAUGAGACAAAUUAGAAAGAUGAAAAGAAAGAAUGCUAGGCUAAUGAAAACUGAGAAGAACAAGGUAAAUGAAGAGGAGGGAGAUAAAAAGACAAAGAGGAAGAAGAGAAAGAAAAAGAAGAAGAAUGAUAGGAAAAAGAGUAAUAAAGAAGACAAGGGUAAGGAGGAAGAAGAGAAGAAGAUGAUAGGUAUGGAAGGAAAUGAAGAGGACAAAGGUAAAAGAGAAGAGGAGAAGAAGAAAGUUGACAAAGGGGAGGGAGACGAAGAAGAGGAAAAGAAAAAAGGAGAUGCAAUGAAAGAUGACAACGAGGAAGUAAAGAAGGAGAGGGAACAUAAGGAGGGAGGAGACGCUAAAGAAGACAAGGAAGGGGAAAAAAAUAAAGAGAACAACCGAGAGAAAAAACAGCUAAGUGGAAGUGAGGAAGAAAAUAAGGAAGCCAAACCUGAUGGAAAGACAGACACCACAGAAGGAAAUGAUAAAGGGGAAGGGAAGGAUGAAAAGGACAUAUUAGAUAAGAAAAAGGAGGAGGAGGAGGAGAAAGAGGAAGUCAAGAAGGAAGAAAGCGUUGAAGACAAGAAGAUAGAAACUGUAGACAAGAAAGAAGAAAGUGGAGACGAUAAGAAAGAUGAAAAGAAAGAAGAUAAAACGGGAGGAAAUGAGGACGAGAAGCUAGAAGAGAAGAAGGAUUUAUAAGAGAAUGACUAACGGAGAAAGAAUAAAACAUUAACCUAACCUAACCUAACCUAACGUAGCGUAACCUACCGUAACAUAACCUACCCCUACGUAACUUAACCUAACCUAACCUAACCUAAUGUAAACGUAGCCUAACCUGACGUAAAAUAGCCUAGCCUAGCCUAACAUAAUCUAAUGUUAUCUAGACCUAGUUUUAUCCAAACCUAUCCCAAUCCUAAUGUAAUCAUGUCCUCACCAAAUUCUAUCCUGACUUACCCUUAUACUAUCCUAACCUAACCUAUUAUGAUCUGAUGAAGGCCAAUGUUUAAAAAUAAACACAUCAUGACUUGACCAAUGAAAUGUCAGACAUGCCUAUAUACAUGUUAACCUAUUGUGUAUUGUACAUUGGUAGUGGUAGGGUUUAUGUUGUCUGUACUACAAAAUAGAUAUUGAGCAAUUUUUAUUCACUAUACUUCCACUGUAAUAUAUGAAUAUUAAAGAUAGCGUUUAUUUCAAAAUAUAAUAGCACUGAAAUUUAUUUUAACUCCUGUGAUAUAGUUUACCAUUAUUUUUUGUUAUUGAAAUUCAAGUUAUAGUCAUAAACUAAGAAACACCACUAGAUAUAGAUUUACUUAUUAUUCUU